GUGACGCGUUGAGGCUGAUAAGAGGGUUGCAACAUCGAGCUUCCAGAUAACACCCCUGAGCCGGCCCCUUGGAGAUUGACACCCGCCAACACCACAACACACGCGUAUGAACGCUGAGGGUGUGCCCAAUGCUGAUCCGGUUGCAUGUCCGAGGCGCAUUUCCCAACUGAGCAAUGCCGAUCACUCCUCGGAUUGGUGAACUGCAUGGAGCUGGCCCAAUAACGACACCAUCUCCCCGCCUUGCCUUUGCAAUCGCAUCUUUUUCGCAUCUGCAUCAAUCACAUGUGAUUAUUCUCCAAUGUGUUGACUUUCUUAUCGAUAGGCUGAGAGUGCAUCCUUUGAUCGGUCAAGGCCUCCAAUCGUUGGGAAAGCUCUCGCAAAAAAUACAAGGCGACUGGAAUUCUGUCUUGCGCGAGAGACGGUCUCGAAGCGAGCUUGCACCAUAUUGGCCAGCGAGUUGUGCAUCAUGUUUCGAGGCAGUGAGACAAGCUGUUAGACCCCGCGGCGGGGUUUGCCUGUCGAGCCAUGUGGCCUGGGCAGCAGCCGAAGCUACAGCAGAAAGAAGAAAAAAAGCAAGUUCUUCGUGCAGCGCGCAGCUGCAGAGGUCGGUCUCGCAUCUUGGAGGUGCGAGGCAGGGGCAGCGAGGCUCCGAAGGUCAAGCAGUAGGAGGCUGCGAGCAUCAUCUGGGUAGCUGGAAUGGCAAAGGUCAGUCAGAACAGCUGAAAGCCGCAGGUAAGGUCGUGGGCAUGAGAUUCAGGAAGUCGAGGCUUCAUAGAGCGGGAAGCAUCGAAAGAGCACUCUAAGGCGAGGCCAUAGCUCGCGAAGCCUGAUGCUGUUGAGACAAGAGUCGCGGAGAAAUUGCAGCUCUCCGAAUCCCACCCUCACGGCAACUGUUGGACUUUGGUAGGUCCCCAGAUUCAUGAGCUGCCGAUUUGAAGUAAGCGGCCUACUUAUGUUUGCAGGAGCAAAUACCAGAGAGCUCAUUGCACCCGAGCCCAGAGUGAGAAAAUCUUCACUUAUUGUCGUCAGAUAGAUAAAGUAAGUGCACACAAUAAUGUGCACACAUUGAGCACUGCGCCCAGUGCCCGAAGGUA